UCCUAUGUGACCAAGGGAACCGUGUUUUGUUGCUGGCAGGCAUGACUUUCUAAACCGCUGUCUUGCUAGCACAGGAGCAUCUUUGCAAUUCGCAUGGAGCUUCCAGAACCGAUCAGAAGACGUUUAGGACACUUUUCCAGAACUGUGUUUGUUGAUCAGAGUCGUACUCAACCAUCUCCCGAAGAUCAUGUCACGUUUUUGGGGCACAACAGUGAGGUUGUCUCCAGCCUGCCUCUCCAGAUGUCACUGUUCUUCAACAUGUGUUUUUUCCCACUGUGGUGGAUCAGCGAGGUGGUGAUGCUGCACCUCAAGUAUCCAGCCCUUCCUGAUUACUAUAAGUUCAUCCUCAUCACCAUCCUCAUCCUGAUGACUCUUGUAGAGGCUAUCAGACUCUACCUAGGCUAUGCAGGAAAUUUGCAAGAGAAGGUCCCUGAGCUGGCUGGUUUCUGGCUCCUGAGUCUCCUGCUGCAGUUUCCUUUGAUUCUGUUUCAGCUCUUCAACCAAGCCAUUCUGAUCCAACCUCUGGAGAGAGGGGUUCACUUCAUUCUGGCCCUGUUCAUACUCACACAGGCCCUCUCUGGCUUUGUGGCUCUACGUGGGAUGGUCAGACACACAGAGAGCCACUUCCACCUCAGACAGUUUGAUGGGGUUCAGGAGCUGAGGGCAGCCUGACUGCUCUGCUGAGCUGACAUGCACAGACAGAGACCUCCAGCAGCUCACUUUCCGUGUGCCUGAAGAGGUUCACCCUGAUCAGCAGAAGUGUGUGCAGGAGUGGAGCCCCAGUCCGGGACAGGAGGACCCAGAGUUUACACAGAUUAAAGAGGAGCAGGAGGAACCCAGAACCAGUCAGUGGGAAGAGCAGCUUCAAGGGCUAGAAGAUGAUACCAAAGACUCCAUAUUCACUCCUGCUCGUGUGAAAGGUGACUGUGAUGAGAACCCAACUCUGCACUCAUAUCUUUAUCAUGGUCAAAAUGAAGUUAACGGAGAGAGAGUCUCUCUACCCAGCACCUCAACUAAACCGAUCAAUACCGAACCAUAUGAAGAGGAUUACCCGGUAUCAGAACUAACCAGUGACUCUCAUACUCUUGCUGCAGUAGACUGUUCUGCAGUUCAGAGAGAAAACAGUGCAACUGRCAAUGGGAUGGAAAGUGGAGUCCCUCAGUCAGGUUUUAAGCGCGGAAAAUCAAAUAAAACAUGGACAGUAAAAAGACAGAGCUCUCGCGUCAAUAAUAAGGGUAGGAAUUCCACAAAGUCCUCCAUUCUGAAAUCACCCAGUCAAAGUCAUAAUGCUCCUUGUCAUUGUAAGGUGUGUGGCAUGUCUUUUCAUUACAUGGGUUCUUUAGUGAAUCAUGUGCAAACUCAUACAAUGGAUAAAGAACAUCCUUGUGGUGUGUGUGGAAAAUGCAUCGAAUCCACAGAAAGUAUGAAAGAUCACCUUCAAAUUCACAGUGCAGCUAAGUUUUCUUGUAAUGUUUGUAGUAAAUGUUUUACAAGGAAUAGUAAGCUGACAGUGCACAUGAGGACUCACACAGGAGAGAAACCACAUCACUGUUGUGAUUGUGGCCAAAGAUUCAGCACUGGGUCCCAUCUUAGAGUGCACAUGAGGACUCAUACAGGCGAGAAACCAUAUGUCUGUCCUGAUUGUGGCAUAGGCUUCUUUCAGAGUGAACAUCUGAAAGCACACAUAAGGAUCCACACAGGAGAGAAACCAUACCAUUGCCGUUUUUGUGACAAAUGUUUCAGGACUGGCACCAAUCUGACAGGUCACAUGAGGACUCACAGGGGAGAAAUCAUUUAGCUGUGUUCUGUCUGAGAAAAUAAUGUUGGUGGUCUGAACUUAGCAGAAGUUGGAUUUUGUCAUUGUUGGACAUUAUGUAUGUCAGUAUCUAAGAAGCACUCAUGGCUCAAAGAUUAGAUUGUAUUCUUUAUGAGAAAAAAAACUCAAUAUAAAAACAUAAAUCCUCGCUAUAUCUGCAACUGUUAUACCCCUGAACAGGGGAAGUAUAGAAAUAAAUCACACAGAGAUGUA